UGUUUGAAACUGGACUAUGUAAAGACAGCUUCAGCUGUGUGAGUCGAAGGUGAGGAUUUUAAUACCUGUGUCUUGGUACCAAGCAGGCGAAGAAGACCGUGUCGCUCGGAGCUGUCAUCACGAAUUCCUCGGCCAAGUCACCGUCAGGUGUGACAAACACGAUAUUGCUUAACAGUGCCGUCAGAUCGCUCAAGCGAACGGUGGACUUGCUCGUCCCGCAGAGCUGCUUGGCCCCAGAUAUAAAACCCGGUUUCUGUUGUUCCUGGUGUCCCGACAACAGCUGUCGACAACCUACAGCAGACCCUGGGAAUCGCUUACUGUAUAUAGGCUUCCAGUCCAGCAAACAGACAACAUGUCUUCCAGGGAUCGCCGGUCAGAUGUCUACAUCAAGGCAGAACCGAGCAGUCCAGAGGGAGGUGGUGGAGGUCGGACGAGUCCCGGCGGGGCCUCCUCUGACUCCUCUCAAAGUGGAGGUGGAGAGGCCAGAGGAGACGGUGCUAAACGCUAUUCGCCGCCGCUCUACACACCAGCCUUGCGUUGCCACUUCAAAGACGAGAGUGGAGAUGGAGCAGAUGAGGGAUCCACUGGAAAUGGAGCCGGGCGGUGCAAGUAUGCCCUGAGCACGUUACCCAAGAGGCUGUGUUUGGUGUGUGGGGAUGUGGCUUCAGGCUACCACUACGGCGUGGCUUCGUGCGAAGCCUGCAAAGCAUUCUUCAAGAGAACCAUCCAAGGUAACAUUGAAUACAGCUGUCCCGCAUCGAAUGAGUGUGAGAUCACCAAAAGGCGCAGAAAGGCUUGCCAGGCAUGCCGCUUCACCAAGUGCCUCAAAGUGGGCAUGCUGAAAGAGGGAGUUCGCCUUGAUCGGGUCCGAGGUGGACGGCAGAAGUACAAAAGACGCCCUGAAGUGGAGAAUGCAACAUACCAGAGUGUCCCUCUAUCAUUGACUAAGGACAACGAAAAGGGUUCUUCAAACAUCAUCGUGUCCCACCUGUUAGUCGCCGAGCCAGAAAAGUUAUUUGCAAUGCCUGACCCCCUCCAGCCUGACACGGCCCAGCGCACCCUUACGACCCUUUGCGACCUUGCCGACCGUGAGCUGGUCGUCAUCAUUGGCUGGGCCAAACACAUUCCGGGCUUCUUGUCUCUGUCGCUAGCAGACCAGAUGUCUGUGCUACAGUCCGUUUGGCUGGAGGUGCUGGUGCUGGGAGUAGCGUACCGCUCGCUUGGCUGUGAAGACGAGGUUGUCUUCGCCGAGGAUUUUGUCCUUGACGAGGAAAUGUCUCGCGUUGCCGGCCUAACGGAGCUAAAUGCGGCAAUCAGUCAACUUGCCCGACGUUUCCGUGCCCUAAAUGUGGACAGAGAGGAGUUUGUCAUGCUAAAAGCCAUUGCGCUCACUAACUCAGACUCUGUUUACAUCGAGGAUAUGGAGGCUGUGCAGAAGCUGCGGGAUCUCCUCCACCAGGCCCUACUGGAGCUGGAGUGUCAGCGGCGUCCGGACGAUCCCCAGCGAGCCGGGCGCCUCCUUUUAACGCUGCCACUACUCCGGCAGACCGCCGGUCGGGCUCUGACUACUUUCUACAGCAUCAAGACCCGUGGCGGUAUACCCAUGCACAAACUAUUUUUGGAGAUGCUGGAAGCCAUGAUGGACUCACCCUAAGAAGGGAGCAAGCGGCAAACGUAGGAUGACGCAGAGAGUCGAUAUGAGUGGGUGAAUUGUUUGUCACAAAAGAGGUUUUAAUAGAGAAUUAUUCAUGAGAAAAGGGAUUCUUUUUCCGUUGUAGCCGACACGAGAGAAGAAGCGGGGUUUAAAAAUAAAGACUGUGCCAGCGCUUAAGUUGUAACUGUCAAAGCUUCGGUGAGCACUGUCAAGUUCCACAUUUGUGUGGACAAAAACAGAGAAGCGAUACAGCCUGAAUGCCAAGUUACUUGCUGUGGCCUCCGUGAUGUUUCGUCGUAGCAUCAUUCUGCAGUUGCAUAACCACUGGAGAGAACAUGGAAGGCGUCAAGAACUGACUGCAGUCAUGUGGCUUUUGAACUUUGGAACGAAUGCAACAGUGACUCAUGAAAGCCAUAACAUAUCCGGAAAAAGACUUGAGGGUCCACUUUAGUACACAGGGUGCAUUAAUUUACUAUAGCUUAGUGCCGUUGAAGGCAGUUUUAUUUUAUUUCAAAGACUUUUCUCGCAAUAUGCUCAAAGCAAUAUAAUAAUUGAUUCUUGUCUGUCACCUUAAAAAUGAAAUAUGGUGUAAGUUACUUCCUAGUUAGUCAUGGGCUGGUAGUUUUCCACUCUCAGGACCCCAAGUACUUUUAUUUCAGCCACGGACGGGUUUGGACCUGGUAUGUGGUGCACAUUUUUGGCCAAAUCCCAAUUAUUUUGAUUAAUACUGUAAUCACAAUUAUUAAUCACAAUUAUUCAUCAUGGUAGGGAAAAUAUCAGUAUUUUGACUGCACUGCUUUUCAACAAACGAAACAGCUUUUUGUGCAAAAUUAAAUAUAUAUAUAUAU